AUGGGUUGUCGUGGAAACAAAAAUCUCAAUCAAAUGAUUGAUAGAUCAAAUGAUAUUUGUAAAGAAUUUGUGUCUAUUGAAUAUCCAGGAAAAAUAGUUAAUUAUGAACAGUGUUUAGAAACUUUAGGAGGCAUUAAAGCUUUACGUAGUGCAUGUUCACAGGAAGAAGAUUGUGAAGAAAAAAAGUAUCUUGAGUUAAGAUGGUGUCCAAAGAAUCCAUUUGAGCAUCCUAUUCAAGCACGUCCAGUGAAAGUACAUAAUUUAUUGUUACAAGUAAAAAAAGAAGAGGAAAAAAAAAAAGAGGAAGAUACAUUGUGUUCAUUUAAAAUUAAAGAGUAUAAAGUUCUGGGAAUUAUUAAGAAGACGUACAGAUUUCGUGAUAUGUUUGAUCUUCAGUAUAAUACAUAUGCAUCUCCGUUUGUUAAAAUGUGGAACGCAAGUGUUGUGCCUCUUGAAUUUGACUCUCUUGAUCUUUUUUCAAUAUCAAAAGAAAAAGACGAUCUAAAUAAUCUUGAUCUUCCUGUUCCUUCAGUGUUUUCAAGAACGAAGAUUCCACAUAAUUACUGGUACCGACAAAACCCAAGUUUAAUUAAAGUGCAACGAGAUAGUAAACUUAGACUUAUUAAUAAAUCAAAAGCACCUAAAAUAUGGUCUAUUUCAGUCUCAUGGGAAACAGAAACAAUUCCUAAAGAGCCUCAUAUUAAACUUUCUAAUGUAUCUGAGCAAAAUAUACAAAAUAUUUUAGAUCUAUUAAAAACAUUAUUCGAAGAACGUCCAAUUUGGACACGUAGGGCAAUUUUAUACAAAAUUAAUGAGAAAGACCCUGAAAUAUGUGUAUAUUUAAAAUACGCAUUAGCAUACGUUGCCUACCAUUGGAGAUCAGGUCCUUGGAGAGAUACAUACGUGAAAUAUGGAAUAGACCCUCGUACUGAUCAAAAAUAUCGAUUUUUUCAAACAGUUUCAUUUACAUAUAGGCCAUCAGAAAACUUAGAUAAUAUAAAUAUUUCUCCUCAAGAAAAGGAAGAGCGUAAUUCUCCAAUAUUUACAGGACAAACGUUAUACCAACAAACCAGAAUUUUCCAAAUUUCAGAUAUAACAGAUUGCUUACUUGUACAAUUAUUAAAUAAAAUUCCACUAAGAACCAAAGCCAAUUUUAAAAAUGGCUGGUUUAAGUCUACUUUAUUUGAUAAGUUUAAACUUAUUAUGAAACAGAAAUUCAAAGCACUAUCUGAAGGAAGAAUACCAUCCGACAUUGAAUUUGUAAAGAUAUUAGAACGAUCAAAUGAUGUAUCUUCAUCUUCAUCUACUGAAGAUGAAGUUAACAAAACAAAAUUCGAUAAUUCAACAAUUCACAAAGAACCUAAUGCAAGAGUCAAUGCUCUUAUGAAAAACUUUCUUCAGAAAAUAGGGAACUUUCAAGAUGAUGACUUUUAUGAUAAUGAAGAUGAUACGUUUGAUGAUAUAUUUGGUGAUGACUAA